AUGGCUGCAUCAAUUCCAAAAUAUCACACACUAACUACAGUUGAAGAAUUUCGCAAAACGACUAAUGAGCAUUUUUCGAAAGAAAUUAGUGAUGAUAAACAAUUCGAUACAAACGAUAUAAAACGUUUUAAUGAAAACGAUGAUUAUGCAUUGAUGAUUAUACAACAUGGACAAACUGCUAAAACAUUUGACGAACCAAAAGCAUUACGCUGUUUUCAUGAUACGAUGAUAUGGCGAAAGCAAAAUAAUAUCUAUGAUGUUUCACUCGAUCAAUUUCCAGCAACUUAUUUAGAAAGACGUGCAAUCUAUUAUAAAAAUCAUGACAUUAACAAUCAUCGGUUAUUGCAUUAUGUUGUUCGUACGUUUAAUAAAGGAGAGUUAGAUAAUGAGAUGGUGAAACGCUUCAUGGCAUAUAAUUUUGAAGAACAUAUCCGAACAUAUCCUGGCCAAAGAAUUGUUAUACUUUUUGAUAUGACUGACACGGGUCUUAGGCAUUUGGAUUAUGAUCUGGUUAAAUUUGUUAUUAGUGCUUUACUAUAUUAUUUCCCAGGACUACUCUCGUAUUUUUUGGUCUAUAAACUUCCAUUCAUUCUACAAGCGGCUUGGAAACUAAUUAAAACAUGGAUGCCAACAGAAACACAGAAUGGUGUUAAAUUUGUAGAUGAAAAAACAAUCACACAAUAUGUUGCACUUGAUCAAUUGUCGAAAGCAAUGGGUGGUACUUCAAGUGAUGAGUCUUAG